AGCUUAUAAAAUGAAUUUCCACUUAGCAGCAGUUAUAUCGAAAAAUUUCGUAAUUGGCACUAACACAUAUGUAACAAAUUUCCGCGUAAUGUAACAUUGUUUUCCGAAUCAAUUUGAAGGUUCUUUCGUUUUCGACACGUUCGAUGUGCAAGGAUGAUGUUGGAGCUUGCAGAGCAGCCCACUUCCUCAUUGCCGACAGAGACUUCCGAAGAGAACUGUUCAAAAGUGCAGUCAGUAGAAGAACCACCACGAGAACUGGACAAUCUCGCUUGCAGAACAGUUAACGCUUCGAUCGCGAGCUGCCAUCGCUUGCAGCCGCGUUUGGCUGACUGGAUAUCCCGUGUAAUUGGUUGGACAGACGAGCUGGGCCAGUACGUGCGACAAUUUAUCUCCUUUGUGGCGGCGAAGUUCCGUGAACUUUUUUUCACAAAUGAAAACUUCAUAUACCGUGAGCCGCCUCUAUCAAAGGAAAGCAGAAUCCAGUUGGACAAUGUGCCGCGCAAGACACUGAUACUGGAUCUGGACGAAACAUUGGUACAUUCAUGCUACCUAGACCCGGACACUAACGAUGUUGUUGGCUGUACUUUUGUGCCCGAAACAGCCGUGCCCGAUUACACAUUGAACAUACCGAUUCUAAGCGGUCUACACCCCAUCGAGUUUCAGGUAUUCAAGCGCCCAUAUGUUGAUCUCUUUCUGGACCUGGUCAGCAAGUGGUAUGACGUGGUCAUCUACACGGCCAGUCUUCAAGCGUACGCGACCAUUGUCAUCGACAAGCUGGACGCUGGCCGCGGCAUCCUACAGCGGCGCUACUAUCGCCAGCACUGCGUCAACACGUCGUCUCUGGUCAGCAAGAAUCUGUUCGUGGUGAAUCGUGAUUUAAGUAGUGUUUUCAUCAUUGACAACUCGCCCAGUGCGUAUCGCGACUUUCCGGAGAAUGCGGUGCCGAUCAAGAGCUAUAUCUAUGAUCCCGACGACAAGGAGCUGCUGAAUUUGCUCCCCUUUCUCGAUGCGCUGCGCUUCACAAAAGAUGUUCGAUCGAUUCUCAGACGACGUGAAGUCACACUUUUGGCCCAAUCAGAACAAUAAUAAUACAAAGACAACAUAGUCGAUAUAUAUAUGUAUAUAUAUAUAUAUAUGCGCUAAGGGCUAUAUUGUUACACCCAUAAGCUGUCAUUAGGUUACCCGGGCUAACGCACCUCGGGCUGGCCCGUACACAUGGAGCAUAUAAAUUUCAGUUCAGCGCAAAUAAAUAACACCUUUUGUUGUCCA